AUGAAUGAGUUGAAUACAUACGCGAAAGCAGCUCAAGUCGUUCAAGAAGUGUUUAGUUCUCUUCGAACUGUUCUUUCCCUCAAUGGUAGCAAAUAUGAACAAAAACGAUAUGAAAGAGAAUUGAUUCCAACUCGUUGGAGUAGUAUACGCCAAGGUUUCAUGUCUGGUGUUUAUACUGGAUGGCUUGUUCUUCAAGUCUACCUAGCUUAUUCAAUAGGUUUUAUCUCUGGUUCUCUACUUAUAUUACAAAAAUGUCAUUGUUUUUCGAAUAUUAGUGAUAUUCUUAUCGUCGUCUGCAGCUUUGCAAGGUGUUUCAAUUUCUACGCUUCUGUUGGUCUUUGCUUUCAAUCCCUUUCAGCGGCUCGAGGUGCUGCAGCAGCUGUGUUUCGUCUUAUUGAAGAGGAAAACGAUACAACUCUCAAUGAAACAUGUGUAUGGAGAGAAGAUAUAAAAUCAAUUGAUAAUAUCAAUGGUGAUAUUGAAUUUGACAAUGUUAACUUUGUUUAUCCAUCUCGAAAAGAUGCACCAGCUCUGUAUAAUCUCUCUCUAGUUGCUCGUGUUGGUCAAACAACUGUUCUUGUAGGUGCAAGUGGUUGUGGAAAAAGUACAUGUAUAUCACUGUUAGUUCGUUACUAUGAGCCUUCAUCAGGUCGUAUUAUAAUUGAUGGUCGACCAAUAAAAGAUUUCAACGUCAGCCAACUUCGACAGAAUAUUGGAGUUGUUAGUCAAGAAUCUAUUCUGUUUGAUAUGAGUAUUUAUGAAAAUAUUCGCUUUGGUAAAGUAAAUGCAACACAAAAAGAAAUUGAACAGGCAGCACAAGAUGCAAAUGCACAUCAUUUUAUCAUGCAAUUACCAAAUAAAUAUGAGACAAUCGUUGGUGAAUGUGGUAUACAGUUGAGUGGUGGUGAAAAACAACGUAUUGCAUUAGCUCGUGCUCUUGUCAAGCAGCCUACUAUCCUUUUACUGGAUGAAGCAACAAGUGCACUUGAUCAUGUUAGCGAAAAAGUUGUCCAAGAAGCGCUCGAUCAAGCAUGCAUAGGUCGUACAACUAUUGUUAUUGCGCAUCGUUUGACUACAAUUAAAAAUGCUCAUCAAAUAUAUGUAUUAGAUAAUGGAACUGUGAUUGAACAAGGUACACAUGAAACAUUAAUGACAAAAGAAAGAGGAAAAUAUCAAGCAAUGGUCAAACGUCAACAAAUGGAAACUGUCAAUGAUGAUAAAAAUGAUAUGAUGAGCAUACGAAAAGCAAAAGAAGAGAGCGAAAAACCAAUAUGUAUUUUAAUAUUCUAA